ACCAGCACCACGAUUUCACUUGUCCGUCCACCACUGUGUAGCGGAUUACAGAUUACAGAUUACAGAUUACAGAUAAGAUAAGGUUAUUUGUCUUCCCCAUCUCCCCACCAUAGCCGCGGCUCUCAGCUUCCGCCUCCGUCGAAUUCUGUGUGUUUCCACGCCUCCAACAACUUAUCUAUGGUAUCUUUACUCUCUCAAUGCUGCUCCGUUCACUCUCCUUCACACUGCCUCUUCGCCUCCCCAUCCCCAUCCCACUACUCGCCUCCCCACUUCAAGCCUCGUCUUCGUUGCGCCAACAUCUCCGUACGCGCCGCCCGCACUAAUGUCUCUUUAGUGUUCAAUAAUGAAGAGCAGCAACCCAAGCAACAGCCGCGAACGCUCUUCCCCGGCGGGUUUAAGCGACCGGAGAUCAAAGUUCCUAAUCUCGUGCUCCAGCUGAGCACUCAAGAGGUUUUCGAUAAUCGAAACGUCCUUGAUGAGAUAGAUCAGGCGGUCUCGGGUCGGGUCGGCAUCGUGUUGCUCAGUGGCGGUGGGGUGAGCGGCGGGAAAUUGUACGAGGCCGCCUGCUUGUUGAAGUCUGUUAUCCGCGAAAGAGCCUAUUUAUUGAUCGAUGAACGUGUUGAUAUUGCUGCCGCUGUUAAUGCCAGUGGGGUUUUGCUCUCCGAUCAAGGUCUUCCUACCAUUGUGGCUAGGAAUACAAUGCUGGAUACGAAAUCUGAGUCAGUGGUUCUCCCUUUGGUGGCAAGAAUUGUUCAAACACCCGAGGCUGCGCUUCAAGCGUCUAAUUCUGAGGGAGCUGACUUUAUUAUAUUUAACGUUGGGGAUAGCAGGUCAGAGGAAGUGGUGAGUUCUGUGUUUGAGACAUUGAAAGUUCCAGUUUUUGUCAUGAUUGAUUCACUUGGAGAGGGGAAGCUGUUCAAUGAAGCUUCAUAUUUCCUUGAAUUAGGAGCUAGUGGUUUAGUUAUAUCUACGAAGGAAUUGAAGUUUAUCAGUAAUGAUGACGAUUUCAGCAAACUGUUUUUUGGUGCACGUGCAUUGGAGAUGAAAACUGACGAAAAAGAUGGGGGUCAAGUCUUUGAUUCUGUCAAUGGAUUCCCUGGGAAGAAGGGGGCGGCUGGCUUUACCAAGUUACUAGAAAGAGAACAGCAGCUAAUUGAAACAGAGAAGCUUAUCUUGCGGGAAACAAUAAAUGCCAUAGAACAAGCUGCUCCACUGAUGGAAGAGGUCUCACUUCUCAUUGAUGCUGUCUCUCAGCUUGACGAGCCAUUUUUACUGGUUAUAGUGGGAGAGUUCAACUCUGGGAAAUCAACUUUUAUCAAUGCCCUUCUUGGGGAAAGGUACCUGAAAGAUGGUGUGAUUCCUUCAACAAAUGAAAUUACAUUUUUACGCUAUUCUGAGUUGGACUCUAAUAAGCCACAACGCUGUGAACGGAAUCCAGAUGAUCAAUAUGUAUGCUAUCUUUCUGCUCCAAUUCUAAAAGAUAUGAUUAUUGUUGAUACUCCGGGAACUAAUGUCAUACUUCAAAGACAACAACGGCUGACUGAGGAAUUUGUCCCUCGUGCAGAUUUGCUUAUCUUUGUUAUGUCUGCUGAUCGACCAUUGACUGAAAGCGAGGUGAAUUUUCUUCGUUACACCCAGCAGUGGAAGAAAAAGGUUGUCUUUGUGCUGAAUAAAUCUGACAUUUACCUAAAUAUGGAUGAGCUAGAGGAAGCUGUUGCUUUUAUCAAAGAAAAUACCAAGAAACUGCUCAGUACUAAAUGUGUGACCCUGUUCCCUGUAUCUUCACGAUGUGCGCUUGAAGCAAAGCUUUCUUCUCCUUCUGAUGUUGUGGAGAAUAGCAAUCUUUUGAAAUCUGCAAGUUUCUCUGAACUUGAGAAAUACUUGUAUAGCUUUCUGGAUGCAUCAACAACUACAGGAAUUGAAAGAAUGAGACUUAAACUUGAGACACCAGUUAGGAUUGCUGAGCAGCUGCUUUCUUCCUGCCAAAAUUUAGUGAGAGAAGAGUGUCAGCAAGCCAAGAAGGAUUUAAUGUCUGUGAAUGAGUUUAUUAAUGGUGUAAAAGACUGGAAAAAGAAAAUGGAAAGUGAAAGCAUCUCCUGGAAGAGACAAAUUCUAUCUCUGAUUGAGAACACACAAGCACGUGUUUUCCAGCUUGUGGAUUCUACUCUACGGUUGUCAAAUCUUGAUCUUGUUGCUGCAUAUAUAUUUAAAGGAGACAAAACUUCUCUAAUGCCAGCCACAUUAACUGUCAGAAAUGAAAUCAUUGGUCCAGCAGCUCUUGAAGCAGAAAAGCUACUGUCUGAGUAUAUGGCAUGGCUACAGUCAAAUGCAGACCGUGAAGAAAUAUUUUAUCGAGACUCUUUUCAGAAAAGAUGGCCUUCUUUGGUUGAUGCUGAGAAGCAGAUUCAGGCAGACGCCAGUAAGUUACUUGGGAGGAAAUAUGUACAAAGCUCACAUGCGAUGGGGGAUUUUAGUCCCACAGCAGCUUCAAAACUGUUUGAGCAAGAAAUACGUGAAGCGUUCUUGGGGACUUUUGGUGGGCUUGGAGUAGCUGGUCUGUCUGCAUCACUUCUGACAUCUAUUCUAACAACGACAUUAGAAGAUCUUCUUGCUCUCGGCCUUUGUUCUGCAGGAGGUUUACUAGCGGUCUCCAAUUUCCCAGCCCGUAGGCAACAGGUUGUGAAAAAAGUGAAGAGAACCGCAGAUGGCUUAGCACGUGAAAUUGAAGAGGCAAUGCAGAAAGAUCUGUUGGAGACAAUGGCGUAUUUGGAGGACAUAGUAAAGUUCAUCGGCAAGCCAUAUCAAGAAGCAGCGCAGAAUAGACUGGAUAAGCUUUUGGCCACUGCAGAUAAUCUGACCGAUAUUGAGAGCAAACUGAAAACAUUGCAAAAUGAAAUUCAAAAUCUCCAUGUAUCAUGAAUUAGGUUUUGGGAAUAUGCUUCCACAGAGAAACAAAGGAAUCGUCGGCAUGUUUUCGAAUGUACAUGUAUAUAGCUGUGAUGCCAAUAACAAAAUCGAAUGUUGUUUUAGUGCCGGAGUUGAUUGUUUCAAAAAACAUUGAUUGUUUUAUUGAUUAUCAACAGGUUUUUGAUACA